CUCCUUCAAUCCCUUCAGCAGCUCUAGCACAGCUUUCGCUUUCAGCGAUUUGUAUUUUGAGAUUAGCUUCCAGUAGGAGAUAGUCCCAAGCAUCAUGUUCUCCAAGGUCUUGUUUUUCGCUGCUCUUGUUGCAAUUGUUUUCGCUGAUGAACGCUAUGGAUAUGAUGCCGAAGAAGAAUAUCACGCCGAACCUCAGCCAUACCACUUCGGUUACCAUGUGAAAGACCACCAUGGCGAACAACACAGAGAAGAAGCCAGUGAUGGACAUGGCAAUGUCAAGGGAAGCUACGGAUUCGUUGAUGAGAAAGGAAUCCACCGAGAAGUCCACUACGUCGCUGACGAGAAAGGUUUCCGAGCUGAAAUCAAGACCAACGAACCAGGAACCGCCAACCAACAGCCCGCCAGUGUAGGAUUCCAAUCCAAUGCCCACGAGUACCUCCACUUCCACGACGAUGUCCCAGAGCCUCAUGAAGGUGGAUAUUUCCAUUAAAUGAUACUGGCGCAUAGAGGAUUAUUUUAAUUUAUAAAAAUAUCAUCGGAAUAGGCGAUUUUCAUCUGAUUCUACGUUCGAAUCCAGCUGAUUAGGUCCACAUUGCCAUCUGCAAUAAUAAAAACAUCUGCUAGAAGCAGGAUGCCAAGUAUUUAUUGAAAAUGCAAUGCCUAAUAGCUUGGAUGACAGGCAAAAGUGUGCAUAGUUUUGUAAAAUAGGAAUUAUGCACCUGUAUAGAGAUCUAUCGUAUUGUCAUGCAGAGAGAUAAAUAUUUUUAGAACACUCUGUUGCCAAAUUUUUCUAAAACUUGCAUUUCCUUUUGUUAGAUAUCAUUUAUCGAAACUUUGAAGAUUUUAUCAAAAAAUAUUUUUUAAAAAACUUCAAAAUCUAUCUAUUGAGAUUUAAAAACUCAUAAUCAAAUAUUUCUUCGGAAUUCUUCAAUAUUGAAUUUAAUGAGUUGCAUGUAUAUUCAGCUAUUAUAGCUCUAAAGAAUCUAGUCUUAUUUGUGCAAAACACUCACCUCGCUGUCCAUAAUUCGUUUAAUUGCAUAUUUCCUUUUUAUUAAAUAUCGUACUUCAAAGAAAGUCAAAUGCUCAAUGAGCUGCAAAAUUAUCAAUUAUUGCAUGUGUUCUGAAAAUGAUUUUGUCUUUUUCUUUUUCUUGAAUUUGAUAAACAAGAUUUAUCUCUCUCGUAUGGAAACAUUUGGAUUGUCUACAAAAUAUUUGUAAAUAAAGCAUAUACUUGUUGAAA